UCUGACAAUGUUUGGCUUGGUGAAAAUGAUAUUGACCUUCCUUAGACAUUUGAAUUAUUAAUGAUAAAUGCAUUAUGUUUAAGGUUUGAAUGCCCGAUUUAAGGGAACAAACGCUUUGAAUUAGUGUCCAACGUGAUCAUGUUUUGCCUCCCUUGCGACUCAUUGAGCUAUUUUGAAUUUCAGGAAGAAGACAGAUAAUUUUCCCGAGUGAGGAAAUGUGACAAUGAUACUUAUCAUUUUCCAGUGUAUGCUGUUUUUAAUACGCACAAGGGCAUAUGAAAAUCUAGCACUACAAAGACCAGCAUGGCAGUCACAUGAUUAUCAUGGUAAAGAAACGGAGUGGGGAGCUGCGAAGGCGGUUGACGGAAAAUACAUUGACCGCUCAUCAGGAGGAAACCAAUGUACCAUAUCUGCGAAUGAUGAACCAACGGCGACGUGGAGAGUGGACCUGGGGGGCGUGGUCAGCAUCAGCGUCAUCAGCAUCUAUUACAGGACUGACAAUAGUCCAAAUCCCGGUUCCUUUUCAAGUCGGUUUGUUGGAUUUUUCCUUUACGUGUCCAACACUACGUCAAAGGAUGAUGGCCAUCUUUGUUUCCAUGAGAUACAGAAUGUGACCGGCACACCGAUAGAGAAUCAGUUAAUAAGCUGUUCUGUUCAUGGACGAUAUGUUAUCUACUACAACGAGCGGAAGCCGGGCGUUAACUAUCCUAGUUAUUACUCACAACACGCAUAUAAUGAACUGUGUGAAGUGGAAGUUUAUGGGUGUCAUGACCCAAAAUACUAUGGCGAUAAUUGUGACCAACUGUGCUCUGAGGGUUGUCUAGAGAAAACGUGUGACGCCAUGACGGGCCACUGUCUGAACUGUUUACCGGGAUAUCAAGGUCUUCGCUGUGAUGAGCUAUGUACUGAUCAGAAGUACGGACAGCAGUGCUCGUUACAGUGCGGUAACUGUAGCGAUGGAGAAGCAUGCAACCAUGUCAACGGCACGUGUCCAUGGGGAUGUGAUGAGGGGGUAGACGGGGAUGAAUGUCAGACACCAUGUCUGCCUGGCUUUCAUGGAAAGAACUGUGGACAGAAUUGCAGUGAGAACUGUAAAGUGACAAACCGCUGUAACAGAUUUACAGGGGAGUGUGACGGGGGCUGUAAACCAGGAUGGAGGAUACCAACAUGUCAGGAAGUAUGCCCCAGAGGAUAUUUCGGUAUCAACUGUCAGGACAGCUGUACCUUGUACUGUGGUAGAAAUGGUAGUUGUGACCGGAUCACUGGUAUAUGUGACGAUGGCUGUAUGGAAGAUUGGAGCGGGCCUCUCUGUGGCACAGCACCUAAAAUUUCUGAUUGGAGUCACUGGACAGGAUGUAGCGCCACAUGUGGGGGUAAUGGCGUUCGACACAGAUUUAGGACCUGUACAGGCGUCUGCACACAUAUUGCUUUGAAUCAAUCAGGGAAUUGUGGUGUUCAACAAUGCCCUAUUGACGGAUCAUGGGGCGCGUGGGGAGGAUACAGCUCAUGCGACAAGUCCUGUGGAGGCGGCUGGAAACUAAGAUUCAGGAAGUGUAACAGACGCUCCCCUUCCCACGGAGGUCAGCCUUGUUAUGGUGAUUCGAUGCAGGCUACAGGAUGCGCGAUGAUCCAUUGUCCAAUUGACGGCGGUUGGUCGACAUGGUCAGACUUCGGUCAAUGUAGUGAAACUUGUGGCCAAGGCGUCCAGAUCAAGUCGCGUACCUGCUCCAAUCCACGCCCACGUUACGGAGGACGAGGUUGUGUUGGGCCGAAUAAUGCUUCAAAAUCCUGUCAACGUGGAGAAUGUCCAGUGAAUGGAAACUGGGGAUCAUGGGGUCACUUCCAUCCAUGUGACAUGUCCUGUGGUGGUGGACUACAGUUACGACUGAGGGAAUGUAAUGAUCCUCCGCCAUCUCACGGGGGACUCCCCUGCCCAGGUCAAUCUGUUCACGCCGUACCGUGUAACACUGACCAAUGCCCAGAUCAAAUGAAUGCUACUCUGUCAUCAAAUGAUUUAUUUGGUUGAAAGGAGCAUUGAUAUAUAAACAGAUAAAUAAAAUGUAUGUUGUAGAUCAGGUAAACUAUUGGAAUUUUGAAUGUAAUAAAAGAGCCUGUU